CGUUCACUCACCGCCUCCCUUCCCUUCUUUCUCCCUCCGCCACCCGAGCACCAGCCGCGCUCUGAGCUGCCCCCGGGGUCCCUCCCCCGCCGUCAGAGGAGCAGCUGCCGCCGCCGCCAGUAGCAAAUUAGGAGGGUGGAAAGACGGAAAGGAGGAAGCAAGGGGAGCUGGAGCGAGUACCAAGAGGGAGCCGGUGAAUGGGCUUGUGGUGACCCCCGCCCCCCACCCCACCCUCCCUUCCCACCCGACCCCCAACCCCCAUCCCCAGUUAGAGCCGCCGCCCGAGAGGCCGGGCCGUCGUCCUAAGAGGAGUCGCCGCCACCACCUCCGCCAUGGAGCUGAUCACCAUCCUCGAGAAGACCGUGUCUCCCGAUCGGUUGGAACUGGAAGCGGCGCAGAAGUUCCUGGAGCGUGCGGCCGUGGAGAACCUGCCCACUUUCCUUGUGGAACUGUCCAGAGUGCUGGCAAAUCCAGGAAACAGUCAGGUUGCCAGAGUUGCAGCUGGUCUACAAAUCAAGAAUUCUUUGACAUCUAAAGAUCCAGAUAUCAAGACACAGUAUCAGCAGAGGUGGCUUGCUAUUGAUGCUAAUGCUCGACGGGAAGUCAAAAAUUAUGUUUUGCAGACUUUGGGCACAGAAACUUACCGGCCUAGUUCUGCCUCGCAGUGUGUGGCUGGUAUUGCUUGUGCAGAGAUCCCAGUGAACCAAUGGCCAGAACUCAUUCCUCAGCUGGUGGCCAAUGUCACAAACCCGAACAGCACAGAGCACAUGAAAGAGUCGACAUUGGAAGCUAUUGGUUACAUUUGCCAAGAUAUAGACCCAGAGCAGCUACAGGAUAAAUCCAAUGAGAUUCUGACUGCCAUAAUCCAGGGGAUGAGGAAAGAAGAGCCUAGUAAUAAUGUGAAGCUAGCGGCUACUAAUGCACUCCUGAACUCACUGGAGUUCACCAAAGCAAACUUUGACAAAGAGGUAAAAGUGUCUCUUGAUUAAAAGGUGUAGGUUCAG